AUGGAGCGCACCUAUCUGGGCGAUCGCCAGCAAUUGGAGCUCAGAUCGUACCUCCGCCUCGUCAAGAGCUGCAAGGAUCUCGUCCAGGCGCACCACAUUCACGCCCAGAUCGUACUAACAGCGCAUAGCCACGACCGUCUGCUGCUAAACUCGCUGAUAGAGAUGUACGGCAAGUGUGGCGACGUGGCUACGGCCAGGAGAAUCUUCGAUGCCAUCCCUUCCCGGAAUGUCUACUCGUGGAACAUCCUGCUGGCAGCAUAUUCCCAGAAUGGGCACCUGGAAGAAGCCAUGGAACUCUUCCAAUCGAUGAAAGAAAAGGACUGUACCUCUUGGAAUUCGAUGCUCACGGCCUUUGCUCGCGCAGGAAAUUUGGAGAGCGCGAGGAGCCUCUUCGAUCAGAUUCCGCGACGAGACGUGGUGUCCUGGAAUGCGAUGAUCGCCACCUUCGCCAAGAACGGGGACAACAUUCAGGCCUUGCGUUUGUUCCGAUUGAUGUGCCUCGACGGCUGCAAGACGAGCGAGAUUACCUUCGUGAAUGCGCUAGAUGCGUGUGGAAACGCUGAAGAUCUGGAAGAAGGACGCCGCCUGGACAGGAUUAUCACCGAGAAUCGCCUGGAUUGUGGAGUGGAGCUUGGGACGAGCCUGGUGGACAUGUAUCACCGCUGCCACAGCCCUGACGAUGCCAAAAUCGCGUUCCAGAGAAUGCCGUUCAAAGAUCCAAUCGCCUGGACCGCGAUGAUCCAGGUCCACUCGCAAUGCGGGGAGCUGGAUCAAGCGCGAGAAAUCUUCGACAUGAGAUUACGACAGCCCCGGCCAGUCGCAUCCUGGAACGCGAUGAUCGCUGCGUAUUCCCAGAAGGCCCGGAUUACCGACGCCAAGAACCUGUUCGAUGCGAUGCCCGAUGCCGAUCGCGAUGUUGUGACCUGGACGACGAUGAUCUGGGCCUAUGGCGAGGCCAAGAACGCCGAUGCCGCUCAAAAUCUCUUCGAUCGCUCUCCACAUCGGAACUCUAUCACCUGGAACGCGAUGGCGGCCGCGCAUUCCCAGUGCUGCCAAUCGCGCCCAGCCUUUGCCCUCCUGCAAAGGAUGGAUCUGGAUGGAGUGGAGCCAAACGCCGUGACAGUGAUCAGCGUCUUGGACGCGUGCGCGGGCGCCACAGACCUCGCUACCGGCAAGAACGUCGAUGCCAUCACAGCUCACGAGCCUUUCCAUCGCGACGUGGUGGUAUCAACGGCCACGAUCCACAUGUACGGGCGGUGCGGGAGCCUGGCCAUGGCGAGGGCCGUACUAGCCGCCACGCCACGCGAAAACCUCGUGACGUGGACUGCCAUGGUGUCGGCAUAUGCCCACAACGGGCAUAGCGGCCAAGCGCGGGAAACUUUCCAGACGAUGACAUGCGAGGGAUUUCCUGCUAACUCAGUCGCCUUCGUCAGCAUUCUUAACGGCUGUAGCCACGGGGGCCUCCUCGACGAUGGCGUCCACUACUUCGUCACCAUGGUCGCCGAGUAUGGAGUUUCUUCCAAGCUGGAUCACUUCGUUUGCCUGGUCGAUCUUCUCGGAAGGGCUGGAAAACUAGAAGCCGCCGAGGAGCUUGUGAAUUCGAUGCCUUACUGCCCAGACUUCGUGUCCUGGAUGACGCUUCUAGCGGCUUGUAAAACUCACAAGGAUGUGAGACGAGCCGAGGCAGUAGCACGAAACGUUGUCGCGGUUGAUCCCAAGGACUCGGCCGCCUAUGCGCUACUCUCGGCUGUCUAG